AUGGAAAAGGCGAAGAACGAGGUGACACUGGGGGCACGGCUGGCGACGCGCUACGCGCCGAAGCAAAUUCUUUCCUCUGGCCUCUCCUGGGGCCCGCUCAUAGGUGUCGACGAGGUGCGGCGCCUCUCCUACCGCUUCGCAGAGCGCAGCAUCACGCACGACGGCGACCCCGCGCUGACGAAGGAGUGGCUCGUGCACUUCAUAAUGGAGAUCAUCGCCGAGAAGGCGAGCGUCCCUCCCUCCGAUAUCGAUCUCGAAGAUGUGAUGAACUUCGACACGCCGCUGGUGGGCGAGGAGCAGCUGCACGUGUACCGGACGGAAGUGGCGCAGUGGCUCAGCUCCUUUGCCGUGCAGCUCUCACUGCACGACCCGCUCUGGGACGUGUGCGAGGCGAGUAACGAUGAGCUCGUGCGUGGCGAGUGCGUGGCGAGCAACAGUUGCUGCAGCGCCCUCUACUUCGGUGCAAAGGUGCGGAAGGUGCGUGGUGGCAGAAGCCGCUCACUGAAGCGCGGGCUGGACAUCACCGCGUCGUCGUCCUCGCUCGGCUCACACCGCAAGGAGCCGGUGCAGCACGAGAUGGUGCGCUGGAGCGAUCUGACGACAAACUUGGUGCGGGACUACGAGCACUUCCACCGAUUCGAUGAGAAAGAGCUGACCUUCACGCAAGUGCGCACGGCACUGACCUCAGGGCGGUCAUCACCAACGCGCUCGUCGCGUGGCAAGGACGGGGCGGAGGGCGCCUGGGCAAAGGUGGCGCAGCAUACGCGGGACGCCGAGUUGGACGCACUGAUGGGGAACGAGAUGCAUGUGCACUCAGCGGACAGCAUUGUCGUCUCGCCUGCCACCGGCCUCAUCAUCACCAGCUCCAAGGACGGCAUUGUAAAGUUGUGGGACAGCACAACCGGUGCGUUUAGGCAUAAUCUCUACAACGCCGGCUCGGCGUGGGUGAUUGGGAUGUUCCUACUACCCGACGAUGACUACAUCCUCAUUGCCACGACAAAUAACCAACUGACCGUUCUGAACUUCCCGGAGGGAAACGUGAUGCAGAAGUAUCUUGGCUGCAACUCCACGGUAACGGCACUGCUAGGGGUGUCACAGUUGUCAGCGCUCAACGUGCAGCGUUACGGCAUGAGGCCGGGCGAGUGCGGCACCUACCGCGUUGCCCUACACGAGGGCGAGCAGCCGGAGCAGUACCACCACCGCCGCCGCGAGGCACAGAAUGACGUGUCGUCAAAGAAUGUUCCCGCCAAACCGGUGGUGGGAUUCCUGUCCCCCACAACAUGCUGGUUUGAGUCCUUUUCUGGUAUCUUCUUUUUCGGCACAGCCGACGGCCAGAUUGGCGCAUUCGACAUCGCUGCCGACGUUCGGCCGAACGCGCUGCUGGCGGGGGCAAACACCAAGCCUGUGCGGCUGCUGUUUCUGCUGCAGGUGCACGUUGGGGCGGUAGUGGGCAUAUUCUACACGUCGUACGCCACCUCCGUCUUCAGCGCUGGCACGGACGGUUCCAUCUACCGUACCGCCCUUGGCCCUGCAUCGGAGCCGGUCAGCGAACCGCGACUUGUUGGGCACCCGUCGAAGCCGAUCCGCAUGAUGCAGUGGGCGCCGCCGUCGAAGUACUUCAUUACCAUCCACGUUGACCGCCGCGUCGUGCUAUGGGUGAUCGGCCGCUACACCGACCCGCUGCACUACUUCCCCCCGGAGACACAAGAAGUGGUGAGUGCCGCACUGCACCCGCGGCGGCAGCGACUCGUGCUUCUGCUGUCGGACAAGACUCUCAAGGUAUAUGAGACGCACGGAAACAAAUCUCUCACAACAAUUCCGCAGCCGGCGCCGGAGCCGAACUUCACCGCGACGGACGUUUCUCGGCAGAUGAUGGAGCGCUCCGCUCACGACGAGGACGGCGUUGUGGCGUGGCACCCGUACAACUCCAAUCUCAUCUGCUGCCUGCGGGCAGCUGUUAUCUAUGAGCCAGCACGCAGCCACCUCGCCGGUGAGGGUGAUGUCGAGUUGCCCCUCCCAGCACCUGAGAGGCAGCGCACGGCUUCCGAUUCCUUUGACACACUCGAAGAUAAACAGACGCAAAGCCUGGUGUCGUCAGCGGGACACGCAGCGUUGCGUCGCCUCCACUCUCACCGCAGCGGCAUCGUGGCAGUGGCGGUGCAGAAGCAUGCCUGGGACCUGCACACCUUCGAUGAGGAGAGCUGGUGCGCAUGGAGCCUGGAGACCGGUACACUGAAGCUCUGCGUCGAAGUCCCUCGUGCCGCCCGCAUGGAGCACCUGCCGCUGAAGCGCGCCACGGUUGCCUCGUGCUCGUGGACGACGUGUGCACAGACACGGCUGAUAACGGGUGGCCAGGAUGGUUCGCUGGUGAUAUGGGACCCGGCAACCGGCGCCCCACUCGGCGCGGAGGCGCUUGCGCAUGACACUCCAGAACAGUUAGACUCCGACGUGACGGUCAUGUCGCACCGCAAUGUGGUCAUCGCCUGGAGCGCGCGCAUGUGUCGCAUCAUGUUCGUUAAUAGCGGCUGCAUUCUCCCCAACGGCAUCGAGGAGAGCAAGUCUGUGGUGCUGCGUGUGCCGUCGCUUGCCUCUGUGACCGCCUGUUGCGUCGUGCGGGAUGCGUACCUGUGUGUGGGCACCGGUGACGCACGAAUAUAUUUCUACAGCAUUCAGGGUGGUGCCCCCACGCAUGAGUGUGUGCUGCGGGAUAAAAACGAAGAGGAACGGGGUGCCGUUGUGCACCUCAUCUUCCUUAAUGAGCAGAACCAGAACAUCCUCCUCAUUAUACUCGACACGGGCAUCCUCUUCGUGUACUCCUACGUUACUCAAACCGUGCUGCACCGCGUUCGGUUGGUGCGGCGCUUCGAGUGCCGCAUUCGCAGAGUGCUGUACGUCCCCGAGGAUGGCGUAGUUGUGUACGGCGACUCCGUUGGCCGCGUCCGUGCCCUCGACGUGUGCGGCUGUACGUCCGCCUCUGCGGACUUCCGUCAGACACUUAUCACACGCCUCGUGUUCCAGGGCGCCACGGAUGAGAUCACAGCACUCGACUUCUUCACCGCCGAAGGACGGCGCUACCUCAUUGUCGGCUCCCUAGACACCAGCGUGCGCCUCUUCCGGAUCGACGAGAGCAUCGGGGCGCAGUCGGCGCUCUCUUUGACGAGCCCGCAACGCGGUGCACCGGUUGGUGUGGUGUUCGUUGGGGUGUUUGGCCAAGACGUCUGGGACCUCCGCGACGUCGCGACGUACAGCCGCAACCCCCCGGUUGCGCCGCGUGUGUUGGCCGCCGCCACCGCCGAGGAGGAGGCGCUGCUGGAAAGCAUCGUCAACACCGACACGAGGGUGGAGAGCGUUAAGAGCGCCCUCGAAUCGCUGACGGAUGAGGAUGUCGCCGCUGGACGGGUGCGGGCGCGGAAGAACACAAAGGCGGUGACGCCGAGCUCCAACCCCACAACGCCGCAGCCACCGGUGCAGCGUCCGUUCUUCCUGACAGACAUACACCACGUGCAGGAUGAAGUGGGGCCGUGCUACUCGCUCUCUUGUGUCUCGUCCACCGAAAGCGUCAAACCGCAACAGCAACAACAGCAGCAGAUGCUUCAGGCCUCGCCGCUUCCUUCGUCCCCGAUUGAUACAGGCAACGGUAGUGGCGGCCUUCAGCACGUGUCACUUCCCAGCGGGCAUUCGUCGCCGUCAGGCGCGAUGGGGCGGCGUGCGCAGGGCCGGACAAAGGUAUGCACACUGCCCCACGACACAUCGCCGCUGUCGCACACCCUGGAGAUGGUAGCGGGACUUACGCGGUCCGAUCGUCGCAGUAACAGCCCACUGGAGCGCUCCAGCCCUUUGCAAACCUCGCUGACAGAAUCCAUUGGAACACAACGGACAAAAGCAAUGCUGGCGGCCAUGACACGACGCCUAGAGGCAGUGCAGCCGAAGGGACACGCCAAGGGUGAGUUUACCAAGAAGGCUAUUGAGGUGUUGUUGAAUGACACGGAUACGUUGUGGCGGCGCAACAAGUCGCCGCACAGACGGCCAGGGAGUGAGGAGCUUCGGUUGGCCCUUGAAACGCGUCGCAAGCUGGCGGAGCGCAUGGAGGAGUACAAGAAGCAACAGGCGGCACGGCGGAUAGAAAAGAGAAACUCACUGCCGCUUGUCUCGGCGCGACAGCACCUAACGCCAGUCGUUAUACCGCAGCCAAGCAUCAUCCCUUCCGAUGCGAGGGCGGGUUACAACUGGAUGCAUGCUACUCCAACAAACGGGGUGGCGCGGAAGCCGUCAGCGGUGUCUGCAUAUGCGGGGAAUCCCAUCUGA